GAUUGCACCUGUAGGGUUGUGUGAAUAACGCUGAUCCGCGCACUGGCUCCCGUGCUUAAAGGAGUCAUGCACUGGGCUCUGCGCAUGUGCAGUAAAAGUUCUUACAGACAUUUCCCAUAGUAGUGAAUGACACAAUCGGGAUCAAGCAGUAACAAGGACCACGACAGUGACAGAUUGACAUAAAUGGCUGCAGCACCCACGUCCAGAACAACACUCCAUAUAAAGCCUCCAGAUGGAUUUUCCACACGAGGAGAGGCUUCUUCUGUGGCCAAGCGGUGGAAGGAUUGGCUAGCAGCUUUUGAAAUCUACCUUGACGUGGCAAAUGUGGAAACAGACAGCAGAAAGAGAGCAUUACUCCUACACACAGCAGGAUUGGAAGUCCAAGAGAUUUGCCGUGGCAUGCCUUCAUCUAGUGCCAGUGCUACGUAUGCAGGUUUGGUCACGGCACUGAACAAAUAUUUUAUUCCAGUGGGGAAUUUUAGGCAUGAGCGCUUUCUCUUCAACAGCUGCGCACAAAAACAAGAUGAACCUAUUAGUGCAUACACAGCAAGAUUAAGAAAGUUGGCUGCCACAUGUGAGUUUGAGAAGAACAAGGGCAAGGAGGAUAUCAUUAUUGACCAGAUCAUUGCAAAGUGCAACUCAAAGCAUUUGAGAAGAGAGUUACUGCAGGAGCCAAAUCUCACCCUCGGCAGAGUUUUGGAGAUUGCUAAGGUGAUGGAGACAACAAAGAAAACUCGGAAGGUGAAGGAGGAACAGCCAUGCUUCCGGUGUGGCAGAGAAGGUCAUAAUCCUAAUGACAAAGAAAGAUGCCCAGCAGCAGAUAGACAUUGCCAUUAUUGUGGAAAAAGGGGUCAUUUUCAGCCAAUGUGUCGACUUCGCCUGGUUGAAGACGACGAGGUUGUUGAAGAAGAGAAUGCUUGUAAAUCCCAGUAAUAUUGCAGUAGUCCUGUUGUUGGACACAGGAUCUGAUGUAUCAGUCACGUUAGAAAGAGAAAGAAAUCGCAAUAUUUGCUAUCAAAUAUUAAAGACUUCAAUUGGGGUUUUCAAGAUUACAAUUCACAAGGAAUCUC